AUUUUCGACAGCGCCUGACACUGUAAGGCUGGUCUGUCAGGGGAACAGGCACGCCAUUUGGUUAUUUCUACUGUUGUGGGAUAUCCCAAAUUCAAACUUGUCAUGUUUGGGGUGAGUCAUAAGGAUUGCUAUAUUGGGGAAGAAGCCCAGUUGAAAAGGGACAUUUUAUCUUUUACUUACCCAAUGGAAAAUGAGGUAGUUACAUCCUGGGAUGACAUGGAGAAGAGUUGGAGAUGCCUAUACAAACAAGAACUCAAAAUGAAACUGAGUGAGAGGCCAGCACUGCUGACUGAGACCCCUCUCAAUCCUUUGUCCCGCUGAGAAGAAAUGAAUGAGACCAUGUUCGAAAGCUUCCAGGUGCCUGCCCUUUUCGUGUCUCUGCAGGCGCUAACAGCCCUGUAUGCCUGUGCCCUGACAACCGGACUGGUGCCAGACAGUGGCAAUGGUGUCACCGACACAGUCCCCGUCUACAAAGGCUGUUGCCUGCUACCUGGCAUUACCAGGCUGGAUUUUGCAGGUGGAGGGGAAACCAAAUACCUUGCUAGGCUCCUCUUGGAGACCAGGCACUCCUUCGUAAGCACAGCAGAGGGAGAAAUUGUUGGGGAUAGGAAGGAGAAGCUGUGCUAUGUUGCUUUAGGUCCUAGCCAAAAUACGCAGGAAAAGCCUGAAAAACUUCUGUGCAAGUACAUUUCUCCCUAA